AGGGACAGGGCCCCGGGACUGUUUCACGACCCAUAUUCCACGGUAUCAUCUGAUCUUCAGACAGCGAUAGGGAAUGACAGGCUGUCACACCAGUGAACAAUUUCGUGGCUCUCUUGUAGCGUGUGUGUGUCUUGCUCCCAGUAGUUGUAGCGCUUCCAUUCACUGGCGAUGUCCGGAUGCGGCAAGGAGAAACACGGUUGGGGCCUAGCCCAAACCAGGGAAACUACCAGCUGGCUGGCCUUGACCGUGACUCCUUCAGCUCAGUUGCCUCAUUUGACCCUUUAUUCCCUCUCGCAUCUUGGCUUGUCGCACAUCAUCAUGGCCGAGGAGCAGGAGCAGGAGCAUGAGCAGGCGCAGGCGCAGGCGCAGGCACAGGCCGGCGGACGAGGCAGCAUCAGCAUGUACGAUCCCGCCCGCGACCGCUGGGAGGAACAUCCACUGCCUCCUGCCUCACCUCCGGGUGGCCUCGCCGAUCAGCCGGGUCUUCCCUCUGUCGCGGUAAGUUCAAGCGUUGAGAUUGAGGUUGUGUGGAAGUCCCCCGUCCGGGGUAAAUUGAGUGGACGAAGUGGAGUCGAAUAGCUUCUGGCGGCGCUAGGCGGUGAUCACGGCAAUACUUCUGCGCGUCGCCCG